AUCGUGGCACAUCGCCGCCACCGCUCGUCGCAAACGUGGGAUCCCCACGAGCCGCGCCCCCCCCUUCCGGGGAGCCCCGCCGGCCGGGCAGCUGGACCGGCCCGUGCCAGACCAUUUUGGCCGGGCAAUGCGCGCUGGAGAUUGCGCGGCCGUCGGCCAGCGAGCUGUCCAUCGUCCUGCGAACCCCCUCCUUCUCGGAGGACGAUGUGGCCCGGCGGCAGGUUCUCUUCUGGGCGCUGGUCCUGCUGAUGGCUCCGGGCGCGGCACUGCUGGCCUGGUCCCGGCCCGGGCAGCUGCCGGACUUGGCGCGCACCCUGGUGACCCUCUCCAUGGCCGGGCUGGUGGCCGCCCUGGCCGGGCUGAUAGCGUGGGACUGGCGCCAUCCCAUCUUCAAGGAAUCCCUGCAUGUCAGCCGGGACGUCGGGCUGAUCUUGACGGCCGAUCGUCGGCGGCUGUAUUCCCUGCUGGCCGGGGCCUCGCGGCAACAGCGCUUCCUCCCCCGGUCGUCGGUGGUGGACCUGCUGGUGAAUGAGGGGCUCUUUCGCGGGCGGGUGGUUUUCUAUGCGUCAGUGGUCACCUCGGACGAGGGGAACUCGGCCGGGCGCCGGCCGGCAAACGGCUCGGCGGCCAUCCUGGCCCAGUCGCUCGGCGCCACAACCACCGCCGGCGCCCCGCCGGGGCAUCAGCUGGUCCCGCUGUUCACGCGGUCGCUGCCGCGACUUGAAUCCCUCACUCGCAUCGUGUAUCCCAUGCGGGAGGUCCUCUUCGAGGACCCGGCCCCGGGGCCGGGGGGCCUGCCGCACUUCCCGCCGCAGCCCGGGCCGGCCGGGGCCACACCGCACCGCACUCCGGCCGGCACCGGUGGCGCUGCCUGGUCGGACGUCCGCCAGCGCCCGGCCCAGCGCCGGAUGGUGACCACCUGACGUGGGCGCACUCUAGACUUCGCGAGGAGCGAGCAACAUGCGCACACGGUCGCCCCUCCCCACGCAAACCGGGCGCAUUCCCUUUGGCGAUCUGUCGCCGGGAGAAUGGCCGGCGGGAGACAUACCAGAAUGUGUGGUGUACAUGCGUGUGCAAAUAUAUGGUUACAUAUAUAUAUAUA